CUGAGGAGUUGGAGGUGUGCAGCCAUUCACUGAACAGCUCUCUCUUUACACCCAGCACUGCCUGUGAUAUUUAAAACUAAGCUGCUGUCCAAAAUACAGAAUAAUUACUUUAAAAGUGUAAUAAAAAACCUAAUGUAGACCUGCGUCCCAGCAUCACACAUCGAACAUCUGAAAGCACCAGGAAGGAUGGUGACCGUGGACGCCCCACAGGCUCCUGUGCCUCUGACCGGGCUGUCACGCUGGUACCUCUACGCCAUCCAUGGCUACUUCUGCGAGGUCAUGUUCACAGCCGCCUGGGAGUUUGUGGUCAACUGCAACUGGAAAUUCCCCGGCGUGACCAGCGUGUGGGCGCUCUUCAUCUACGGCACAUGCAUCCUCAUCGUGGAGCAAAUGUACCUGAACCUGCGUGGCCGCUGCCCCGUGCUGCUGCGCUGCAUCAUCUACACUUUAUGGACGUACCUGUGGGAGUUCGGCACGGGGCUGCUGCUGCGCCAGUUCAACGCCUGCCCCUGGGACUACUCCGAGUUCCGCUACAACUUCAUGGGACUGAUCACGGCCGAGUACGCCGUGCCCUGGUUCUGCGCCUCCUUCAUCGUGGAGCGCUUUGUAAUCCGCAAAACGCUUCGGCUGCGGUUCCACAAGGGGCCUGAGGACGGUUGGUCAGGAGGAGCUGUGUGCGGUGGCAGGAGGAGCAGAGGGAUGGAAAAUGAUGCUAAUGGCUACCUUAAAGGAGAAUGAAUGAAGGAUUAACACACACGCCCAAUCGCCCUGCUACACCUCCUCUACCCUCCUCAGCCACUAAGCAGUCCUCCCCCCAUUAACUGUAAGGGGGUGAAGACAAACAGACAGCUAUGUACACUGGGCUGGUGUGCAGACAGAAAACAAAACCAUACUGAGGCGUCAAACUCCCAAAUCACUCACUGUGCUCUCUACUGUCAACAGAGGCACAAUAACUCCCUGCUGCCGUGUUUGCUGCAUCUCAUAACGCACCCAUUUCCAUGUGGGGUUGACCUAAAGGAGAUCAAGGUCUUGAAUAACAUGGAUUACACUUUCAAUAUCUUCUGUCCCCCAGACUGCAAAGACCUCAGGAUUAAAAAGAAAACUACUGUUGCAAAGAUUAGUGUUAUCAUCCUGCGAGGGAAGUCAAGAACAAUAUUUCAGUUUGUUCAAGGGCACAUCUGAAAGCAGAAUGCAUAGAAAUCCUAAUAAGAAGUAGCUAGAGCUGUAACACGCUCUUUUUCAAAUGUACAUAUUGUCCUUUAGUAUUAUUCAAGGUACUGUAGCAAUGAAGCUACACAAAGCUCUUUAAGAACAUACCGUAGUGUGUCAGCUUACAUCAUGACGAAUGUUUUUAGUGAAUAUCCACAAUGCCUGGGAAAAGAAAUGCAUGAAAAAAAAAAGUUGUCUUCCAAUUAUAAUAUACAUUUUUACAACGCUCGUUCAGCGGUCAUACUGUACGUCAGUCGGCUGCUCGUGUGUGUGUGUGUGUGUGUGUGUGUGUGUGUGUGUGUGUGUGUGUGUGGGACGACGGUAGAGCCGGUCAACCACUUAUCCUGACAGCAUGUUGAAGUGUCCUUGAGCAAGACACCGAACCGCAAACUGUCCCCGGUGAGCAGGUUCACAGCCUUGCAUGGCAGCUUGUGCACCAUCCGUGUAUGAAUGUGUGUGUGUGUGUGUGUGUGUGUGUAGACUAAUGUCGUAUUUUAAGGCGAUAAAUAGAUGCAGACUAAUUGCCAUAAUAGCAGGGGCGUUUUUUCUGAGUCAUGAGCAGCAACAUAAAGCACCAAAGAAAAGCUUUUGUGUGUCUGGAUGUCCAUUGUGCGUGUGCUUUCAUGUCGUCUCAGAUCCGCCGGGUCACAAAAGCCUCGUCUUUUUUUUCAUUCACGGAAAAUCAAAUCAGUGAAAUCACAGCUUUCUUGCUGAAAAUAUGUUUUUUCUCUCCCUCAUGCUGGUUGUUCAUUGAUAGAGUAGCAAUAGAACAUUUUGAGUCCCACAGAAUGACAAGUAGUUUAGGUGUUUAGCCGUCACGUCAGGUUUCCAGAUUUGUUUCAUGAAAAGAACGUCACAUUCACAAGUUUUGCCUCUCAGUGUUUUUUUAAAGUGACAUCGGUCGUCAGAUUUUGACCUCAAUUUCCGUGACCCUGGAAAUGUGUGUGAGGAAAUAUGCAGCAGAUUGUGGCGAUUAAUCAAUAAUUAAUUAAUGAACUAACGGAAACCCUCCCAUCUCUCCUUAUAACAGGUAACAGAAUUAGCUGCUCAUUUCUUUUUAACAUUAAUGAUCAUGGAUUUGGUUUCCUUGGUGAAUAAAUGACCUCUGUGAUAGUUCACUGGACUAUGACUGUCAUCUGACACAACCUCAAGUGCAUUUGUUUAACCAUGAUAUGAUACAAACGAGUCUGAAUGCUCAAAAUGAACACUUAAACAGUUCAGGUAAUAUUAGAUUAACUGUAACUGGAUUUUUUUUAAUGGUCUUAACUUCACAGCGACACGGAAACAUCCAGAGAUCUGGUACUCCGGGCAUCCGUAAUGCAAAUAAUGCUUAUUUCCUCUGAUGUUGUUACUCUUAAUGUUGAUCCUGAGACUUCCUGUGCUCUGUGAGUUGACAUAUAAAGGACUGUACACUCACCAUCGUACAUACAGGAGCUGACAGUCAUGUUUUCUGCAUGAGUCGGUGGAUCUGGUGCUACUGGGUCAAGCAUAAAACAGGUCGGCCACUUCCCUCGUCGCAGUGAUUCCAAGGUACCAGAGGAUUGACAUUAUACAUGAAAUGGAAACGUGGUCGCUGAUUCCUCAGGAGCACCAUUUAUAUUGCUGACUCAAUCACAAAUAUUUGUGCUGACAAUGGUUAAAAUUCAGCUUUACCCUGUUUUAACUGAAAAAAUGCAAAUCUAUGUUUCCAUGACACUACUGAACUAUGUAAAGGUGUGACCUUCAUCAUUGUGACUGCGAUGGUAGGCAAUGUUUUCCCACUCACUGUCUUCCCUGCAAGUGCAGAAGGUGGAUGGCAGGAAGCUGCUCCACAUGAUGAAUUGCUGCCACCCAGUGAACGUACUGAAGAAUGCAGCUGGAAAACAAAUUGUAUUAAGACACAUGAAAGUCAAGAAUCCUUAUUAGGAUCAAAAACAGAAGGAGGUUUUUGUCUUUGUUAUUAUUAUUAUUAUUAUUAUUAUUAUUAUUAUUAUUAUUAUUAUUAUUAUUGUCUUUGUUAUUAUUAUUUAAUACAUGAAUCCGGCUUAAAAGCAAUAGAGGCGUCUGACCCAUCAAUGAUUAUCCAGCUCAAGGCUGUAAACUUUUUUCUCUUUAAAAAUCUAAUAAACUACAUUAUGAAAACUGGAAUGCAGCAAAUGUCUUUAUCCAAUUCUACUGCUUUGCUGUUCUACUGAUUAUAGUGUGUUUUACAGAGACAUGUUCCCUGUAUGUGUAUGGCAUGUACAGUUAUAAACAUAACUGAUACUUUAUUUUACCUGGAGGCUGCAUGCGUCCAACUUUUCCUCCAAACUGGUUUGUAUUAGCACCAUCAGAAAAGCUGCGGACACAAUAAUGCAUUAUGAAUUAAAAAUGAUACUUAUUUUAGAACAAACAUUAUACUUUAUUACUUUCAGAAUGUAUUUAAUAAUAUAUUUCUUAAAUAACCUGAACUAAAUACUAUUGCACAAAAAAAAAGCAACUGUAAAAAUAACCCGAACUCAAAAGUA